AAUCAAUUCUGCAAACCUCAGUACACCCUCCGCAGUUUUUUUUGUCUACAGAGAAAACCUAAGUUGCAACCAUGGGUAUUUCUCGUGACUCCAUCCACAAGAGGCGUGCCACUGGAGGCAAGCAGAAGCAAUGGAGGAAGAAGCGAAAGUACGAGAUGGGAAGACAGCCAGCUAACACCAAGCUGUCCAGCAACAAGACGGUCAGAAGAAUCCGUGUCCGUGGAGGCAACGUCAAGUGGCGUGCAUUGAGACUCGAUACCGGUAACUACUCGUGGGGAAGUGAAGCUGUUACCCGCAAGACCAGAGUCCUUGACGUGGUCUACAAUGCCUCCAACAACGAGCUUGUCCGUACCAAGACACUUGUUAAGAGCGCCAUUGUUCAGGUCGACGCUGCUCCUUUCAAGCAGUGGUACUUGCAGCACUACGGUGUUGAGGUUGGUCGCAAGAAGAAGAAUGCUGCUGCUUCUGCCGCCAAGAAGGAAGGAGAGGAUGGCGAAGAUGCUGCUCCAGCUGCUGCUGCACCUGAGGAGGUGAAGAAGAGCAACCAUGUGCAGAGGAAGAUUGAGAGCCGUCAAGAAGGUCGCACUCUUGAUUCCCACAUUGAGGACCAGUUUGCAAGUGGACGGUUGUUGGCCUGCAUCUCCUCAAGGCCCGGCCAAUGUGGUCGUGCUGAUGGAUACAUUCUUGAAGGCAAAGAGCUUGAGUUCUACCAGAAGAAAAUUCAGAAGAAGAAGGGCAAGGGUGCCGCUUAAAGCUCGUUGUCUGCUUGAAAGCUUUAUGUUUUUUUCAUGAAACAUGUUUGAGUUUUCAGUUUAGUGUCUGAGAAGCCUAUGUUUUGGAUUUAGCUUUGCUAUAUGGUAUUUCAUAAACUCCCGUCGUUACAAUGUGAUUUGUCUCGUAAUUUUUGUUUAAUUUAAAAACGUCUUUGAUGAAAA